AUGGCCUGUAUUGGCCGACAACAGCUCUCUGUCAUAACAAAAUGGCUUAUAGCAGAUAACUUCAAGAAGCAACUUAAUGAUGCUCCAGGUUGCAGGCCAAACCAUUCCCGCAGGAGCAGUUACACUCUGCUCCGGGGCGACAUUCGGGGGCAACGCCGUAUUUUUCACCGGUCAGACGCCUGCACAACACCGCCACACGUACCGCACUCCACCUCGGCGGGUUUGUGUGUGAAAGCGCGCUAUGACUUGGUGCGUCUAACGCGGCACCGCAGCACAGACCCGACUCACUCCCAGCCCCGCGCUGGGCUCUCCCGGGGGACUCGCCUCACCAGCGCCCACGGCCGCCCGCCCUCAGACCGAGCACUCUCCGCGCCACAGCCACCGGCCGCCCGCGGGGGCUUCGCCACAGCGCGGGCCGCGCCACGCGAGCCAGGCCGCCUCCCCUCAGCAGCUGCGCGCGCUCCGACCACCCCGCUGACGGCUCCUUUAAGACCGAAGUCUCGCCGCGCCGCUCUUCUCGCGAUACCCGUCCGCGCCACUGUCGAUGUUCGGACGUCGCCUGUUCACGUUUGCUCCGGUGGAAAUGGAGGGCAGGUGCGGAAGGCUCGGAGGAGCUCGGCAAUCCACGGUGGGCGCUCCCGCACGUUCCCCGUGGGGCGGCGGGCCCGUGGGAGCUUGCGGGCGCUGCCUUGUGCGUGCAUCUCCGUGCCACAGUGCCAUGAGGCCUUGCCUGGUGGCGAGGCUUGAGUUGGAAAGGUGUGGUGGUGUAUACGGUUUAGAAAUACUGAGGAAUCUCUCUUUAGAUCAGAUCUGCUUGUCAGAAGCAUACGUUUUGAGUUUGUUCGUUGCAACAAGUGGAAACGUGGUUAAGCGAACUCAGAGCAUCCUGCUUUGACAUUUUUUGGAAAUGAACAUUUUGAGUUUUAUUUUAGCCUCUUUUGUGUGUUAACUGUGUAGUUAAGCUUUACACCUUAAGAAUGGCAAUGCUUUUACUUUAUUGUAUCUUUGAAUUUUGCUUUUACUGUAAUUUAUUGGAGUAUAAGAAGAAUCUUUGCAGUCUACAUUAAGGUGUCAGACCUCAAUAGUUAGAAAGCAUUCAUGAUAGUUUUGCCUUUUUUUUGUAUAGGAGUGACUGGUGAAAGGAGCUAGUGUCUGACAGCAGGCCAUUAUCAGCAUGAUUUAGUACAGUUAAUAUAUAUAAUGGCACCUUUUUUUUUUUUUUUUUUUUCCCCAGCUGUGGUAAAAGGGGCUAAGUAUAGGCAGGCUGAUACCUGAAAUACCAACUUUCUUCACUGAUGGCACUGUACCCAUGCUAGAAAGCCAUACCAGUUAAUUUUCUUCAUUUUUAAAGAUAGCUCUCUACACAAAUUAUAGUGCUGGUUCAAAAACAAAGUUAAUGAAUCAGGCUUGUUAAAGUAGCAAUUCUUGCAGUGGCUUAUAUAGCAUUGUCUUCUGAGGUUUUAUAGCAAUGGUGUCCUUAAUGCUAUCAUUCCCUCUUCUUCCCCUCUUCUCCUCUUCUUCCCCUCUUCUCCUCUUCUUCCCCUCUUCUCCUCUUCUUCCCCUCUU